AUGAUGAUGCAGUGCCAGUGAUGGCGUAUGUAUCGGUAUCAGACCCAACGUGACUCUGAUUAAUUUUUGCAAGGCUUAAAAUCCGCAGUCGAUUCAACAGCUUGUUGUUCAUUCAUUGAUAACUAAUAACUGAAGUCGCUACCCGAUCUCGAGUAAACAGACAAGCAUGCCUUCCCUUAAGAAAGUAGCCUGUGACAUGGCAACAGUUGUCCUGUCAACACCAAUUGGUCAUGUGACAGUGACCGGAUGUGAUGUCGGUGUGCACAAGAUUAGUUUGACAGCUGCAAAGACAUUGCCAAAACAGAGCACAAAAAUAAUUGAAGUAUUUGAGGAACCAAGCCAUUGGUCAGCUUCCCUGAAGGAGUGCUCUGAUUGGCUGAGAAAAUAUUUUGAAGAUGCUAGUUCUAUCACGAGCCUUCCCCUUCCUCCUCUGCAUAUUACAGAAUUCAAAUCAGACUCUUUCUCAUCUCAAGUUUGGAAGAAGCUUGCAUCCGAUGUCCGAGCAGGACAGACCGUGACCUACGGAGAGCUCGCCGCUAUGCUAGGCAAUCCUCAUGGUGCUAGGGCAGUGGGCGGGGCAAUGAGGCACAACCCCACCCCAUUGGUGGUACCAUGUCACAGGGUACUGGGAAGCGGAGGUAAGCUGGGAGGCUUCAUGUCUGAUAAGGGGAUCGUCCUGAAGGAGUGGCUCUUGAAACAUGAAGGAGCUAGUUAUUGAGCGUAACUUCAUCGAAUUAUGAUAUUUCAGAUGAUAUGUUAAUGGCUUUGGUUCACCCAAACAAUGAGUCGAUUGAAUAGAGAUAAGAAUAAGCACAACCCUGAAAAUGUCAUCUAAUGCGGAUAUGAACUAAUAGAGUAAUGAUAUUUUAACGUACAUGUAUUGCUGACUGGUAAAUAACAGCACAACACGUGGUGGAUGCUCAAAAUGAAAGAUUCGAUGACGUCACCUGCUGUUAAUUUUUUGUAAAAAUUCUGAAUUAUCAAAAUCAAACAUGGUCUUAUUCCUCCAUGCUCAUGUGCCAAAUUAAAUGUAGAGCUUCUGCAUCUUUAAGUCUACAAAAUUUUGUAAAUUUCUUUGAAAUAUCAUAACUUCCUAUUUUACAUCUAAUGUUGAUGACAUUUCAUGUGUUUUGUUCACAAAUGUUUUUGUGCACUACUUUGAACAAUGUAAACUUUUCUGUCUCUUUGAGUUUGGACAAAAUUUUGUCCUGUUCCUUUUUUAAUUUGACUUUACGUGUAAAUAAAAAUGAAUGAUCUUCAAAAGUUAACUGAAAUAUUAAGUGUAGUUGAGAGAAUUUAUGCCUCUAGACUUGUUGUUUAUUUGUUUGUUCAUUUCUUUAAUAUUUCAAAGAUUCAAUUUUGAAACCAGAUACUUGUACUGCCGAGUUGUUUUAUCAUUUGAUAGAUAUCAACUGAUUACUGUAUCUUUUUAUUGUUUAAGAUUAUUAACUUACAGAUUGGGUCUUGGUGGACCAUGGACCAUAAGUUCCACAACCAAGAAAAAGAAGGGGGGGAUGAUUAAAAAGAGGAUAAAAUAUGAUAUAAUAUUCUGACAAAUCUAUCACAAAAUUGGAAUUUCAUUUUAAAACAGGUGAUAAUUUUUGCUUGCUCACUACUAAUACAGAUCUUAUUCUGUAUAAAGUGGUGUGGCCCUAAGUUUUUGGCUUGUUAUGCCACUGUAUAAGAUAUAUUGGCCGGUGUUAUGAACUCUGGUUUAACUUUGGACAUGGUGUACAUGUAAGUCUGGGCUAAAGUUAUGGAAAGCUGUAAAUGUCAAACAUUUGUUUACACUGCCUGCUCUCUUGUGAGUUAAAGGAGAUCUUUCCAAUGAUUUAACGAUUAUGAAAAUAAUUGUAUUUAUUGAUAAUUUGCAAUGCUUAGAGUGUGAGACCAGAGUAACAGAGUUAAAGGUCCUAUGAAAUACAGCAAAGAUGCUGGUUUAUUCGUUAGCUUAGUGGUUACUAAUAACGAUUCCAUCAAAAUUUUACCCGAAAAACAUCCCACAUCAGGUUCAAAGGCAGUUUUAUAUUGAAAAUCGAGCCAAAUUCGCCACGCCCACAAAAAAUUCAGCCCGAUAUGGUUUCGUAUAUCACGGGACAAUUAUGACGUCAGGGGAAGAAUCUGCUGAGUGUUGUUGACGUUUGGAGCAUGAAGUGCCUAUUGUGGUUGCACGUGUGGAUUCAAAGUAAAUAAAUUGAACUGCUGGAAUAAUAUUCAGAACCUGAAUCUUCAAAGUCUGAAGAAUAUCAGACGUAGCUGAUGACGAUGCUGCAGCCAUGAUCAAAACCUCAUAAAAAUCUUUAAAAUCUGUUAAGGAUGAGCUCGGUCGAAACAGCAACUACACGAGAAACAUGUGCAAUAACUAGGGGUACGGCUGCACAGAUGAGAAAGCUUUCUUUCGAUGACGUCACAAUGAUUGACAGGUCGAUCGACCGACUUUUUCUAAAAUUUUAGUUGGCGUUAUCGUUGUAGUUCAUGUCCAUGGAAUAACUCAACACCGGUUCGUCGUACACAGAAACAGAUGGCAAAUUCGUAUUUUUCAAGUAAAACUACCCAAGAAUAGAUAUAUAUCCAAAAUAAGAUGGUUUUUGUGUCAUAGGACCUUUAAACUAAUACAGGGCCCUGGGAACGAUUUUUUGACUGGGGGUGCCGAUGUCAAUUUGACAAGAAGAAAAAAAAAAGGUUUCACCUCAAAAAAUUGUAAUUUUUGUCCCGAGCAAUUUGACAAGCAAAAAAAAAAAGGAUUUCUGUACAAAAAAUAGGUCCUUUUGGUUACAUUUCUCCAUUUUUUGUCACACCGUCAAGAAUUCCUGGGGGUGCUGCCUAGUGGAAAAUAAUACACACAGCACCCCCAAGGAAAUAGGCCAUUGAUUUGUAAUUUCUUGCUUGAAAUUUCAGCAGAAUUAUGGAUCUUGGGGAUUCUUGGCUACUGCUUUCUAAUGACUGAAAGAGUAAUUUUGGAAUGGUAUACUGGAAAUGAAAUCACUGAAAGGAAAACAUGUGUCUCUCUGUAGUAUUUAUAUCAAUCAUGUCAGCCCAGAUGCUUUCCAUCAGUUCACUGUCUACUUGGAAGUCUACUGUUCAUUUAUUUUGUUUUAAAAAUUAUCAUAUUUUACCGUUGUCUCAAAUCUAAGGCUAAGCCAUUCCUGUGGUCCAUAAUUGCCCCACAUUUAAUAGGUACAUGUAGAGCUGAAAUUUCUUGUAAUGUGUGAGAGUAGUACUAGAGAGAAGGAACCAUUGUUCUCUUCUGUUUUUGUAAUCAUACAGCUCCUGCCUUAUUCCUUGCUGAUAAUUUUGUGUAUGUGAUCAUUCGUUGGUGAUCUUCGAGUACAAUUAUAGGUUCAAUGUUAGAAUUUAUCAUUUUUUGUUCAGUACAGUACUAAAUGAUCUUUUCAACUGUUUAUCAAAUUAGCAUGUUGUAAUUAAAAAUUAGCAAAGGAUUGCUCCCCUCUCACUCUCCUUUCUCUCUCACUCUCCUCUCUCUCUCAUCCCCCCUACUCUUGCUUUCCUUUACCUGGUUUAUUUGGUUAUGAUAGAAAGUAGAUACAAGUUCUACAAGAAUUUGUCAUAGCCUAAUCACUUUGGGCAAACGGGUCAAUAAACAGUACAUAUAAUUUUUCUCAUUUUCAUUAGAUACAUUUGUAAUGAAAAUACAGGAUACUUGUAACCACUUUAAAUAGAAAAUAGAGAACAUUUUUUUGUGUAAUAGCUGGGCAAAAUUUUUUUUUUUCAUUUUCUUCACUUUCUGUAAUAUCCUUUUAUGAUACAUACAGUAUAAGAAAGAAAAAAAUAAUGUGCAUAAUGAAUAUUUAAUCUUCCCAGACUUUUUCAUUUAUUGGCUGCUGAGCUGUGAUGUCUUCUUGCAUAAAAUAUGUACUUCAUGUUUUCAAGAAUGUGUAAAAUUCAGGAUUUUAUCUAGUAAACUUAAAAUCCGGAUUUAUUACAUUCUUUUCAUUGCUGCACUUGAUUUUAUCAGCUGAUGAUAUGCUACCCCGAGAUACUUGUAAAGGUAGCCUUUUGACAUUGUUUUUUGUAGAUGAGUGUUCAGAAAGAUUUGAUUUAUAUUUUGUAUGAUACCAGAUGUGUAAUAUUAAUGUAAAAUGUUCAUAAUUCAAGUAUAUGGAGACAAAGUUUGCCAAAUAGAACAUAUUCUUAUAUUCAACCUUUCUUACAUGCUAUGUUUCUUAAUUUUCAUGUACUUGAUUUCAGAAUAAAUAUUUUUAUAUUGGAAA